AUCCCCCCCCUGAAAUAGUAGUAAUUACUCUUCUCAAGCAAAAGUAUGCUUUGUCUUUUCUUUCGUCUGAUACAAACUUUGAGUCAUGUCGACGAAUCCUAAAAUUCAAUCUCGUCGGCCUUUACCACAGAAAUUUCCAGAAUGGAAUCAUUUCUUUAAAGAUCAUUCAAAAGAAGACAGUAGCAGUGCAUUCUUGUUUUUGGUUAUUAUAUUUAUUAUAUCGUUACUGUUGAUGGUCUUCUUGUACAUGAGUUUUCCUAAAUUAAAAGAAGAGGAUGCUGAAAGUAUAAAGCUGCCAAGAAAUAUGGCAGAUGCAAAAGCCUUGGCUACAGUCCUUUCAAAUUAUAAAGAUGAUUACUUUUACACAGUUGUGUUAGCAUUUUUUUACAUUUAUGUUUUUUUACAGUCAUUUGCAAUACCUGGGUCAAUAUUUUUGAGCAUUUUGUCAGGAUUUCUGUUUCCAUUUCCUUUGGCUUUGUUCUUAGUUUGUUUGUGUUCAAGUCUCGGAGCUUCAUUUUGUUAUCUUCUGUCAAAUUUAGUUGGAACGCGUCUCAUAAAGUAUUAUUUUCCUCAAAGAAUCACAGAGUGGCAAAAAAAUGUUCAGAAGCAUAAAGAUGAUUUGUUAAGCUAUAUUAUAUUUCUUCGAAUAACACCGUUUCUUCCCAAUUGGUUUAUAAAUAUUGCAUCUCCAGUUAUUGAUGUUCCAUUACUACCUUUCUUCCUUGGCACUUUUGUCGGUGUUGCUCCGCCAUCAUUCGGAUACAUCACAGCAGGCGUUGAGGUUCACAAGUUGGCAACGACCGGAGAUGUUAUGACAUUUCAAUCUCUUGCAAUUGUUGUUAUUUCAGCCUUACUUUCUCUCGUUCCUGUUAUAUUUCGUAAACAGUUAAAAAAGAAAAUAGAAUGAUACAUAAGAUGUUUUUACCAAAGUUAAUUUACAGAAAUGCAUUCAUCUUUAAUUUUUUUGGGAGACAGAUGGUUGAAUCAAAAUCCUUGUAUAGAAAUUUUUCGUUGAAUAAAACGUGUUAUAUAUAUA